AUGAUUCUUUCAACUUUACGUGGCAAAAACUUUAUCAAAACUUCCUCCAGCUCCUUGAAUUUUGCUCAAUUUUCCAAAAAUCAGCGUCGAUUUGUGAGUAAGGAGUUAAGGCAUGGAACUGAGUGCAGACAGGGUCUCUUGGCUGGUUGUAAUCAACUUGUUGACGCUGUGAGUGUAACAUUGGGUCCAAAGGGUAGGAAUGUCAUAAUUUCUUCUUCUUUUGGUCCUCCAAAGAUAACAAAGGACGGUGUUACAGUUGCCAAGUCAGUUGAACUUCCUGAUAAGCUUGCUAACAUGGGUGCACAGCUUAUCAAGCAAGUGUCAUCAAAUACAAAUGACAAGGCCGGUGAUGGAACUACCACUGCCGCAGUUCUUGCCAGAGCAAUCUUCAAAAGGGGUUGUAAACUUGUUGAUUCUGGUCUUAAUCCUAUGGAUCUUCUUCGAGCUAACUGUCAUAUACUGAGUAGUAUAAAUAUGAUUAUAGGUAUAAAUGUAGCAAUUGAUAAGGUGACUGUAUUUCUGGAUGGAUUAAAAAGAGAAGUAACAACUGAUGAAGAUAUUAUGAAUGUUGCUACCAUAUCAGCUAAUGGUGAUAAAGUUGUUGGGAAACUCAUUACUGACGCAAUGAACAAAGUUGGUAAAGAUGGUACAAUAACAGUAGUUGAGGGUAAGACAUUAAAUCAUGAGUUGGAAGUUGUUGAGGGUAUUAAGUGGGACAAGGGUUACAUAUCUCCACAUUUUGUAACGAAUGUAAAGGACAUGAAAGUUGAAUUUGACCGUCCUUACAUACUCCUUUGUAAUGAAAAGGUUUCUAACAUCAAGACAAUUCUACCCAUUCUUGAACAUGUGUUACAACAACAAGCACCACUACUUAUUGUCUCAGAAGAUGUCGAUGGUGAUGCACUUGCAAUGUUAAUUGUUAAUAAAUUAAGACUUGGUAUUAAAGUCUGUGCUGUUAAAGCUCCAGGAUUUGGUGAACAUAGAAAAUCAACAUUAUUGGACAUAGCUGAGAUUACUGGAGCUACAGCUUUGGGUGAUGACAACAAUUAUAUGUCUUCUGAGGAGGAUUUCGUUUCAUAUUUGGGCAGGGCUAAGAGUGUUACUGUGACUAAGGAUCACACUAUUAUCGUCGAGGGCUUGGGAGAUAAGGAAAGAAUUGAACAGCGUUGUGAAGGUAUCAGGACACUUAUUAAUACCACUGAUUCUGAAUAUGAAAAGGAUAAACUUAAAGAACGAUUAGCAAGAUUAACUGGUGGUGUAGCUAUUAUUAAGGUUGGAGGAGCAAGUGAAGUUGAAGUAAAUGAAGUUAAAGACCGAGUUGAAGACGCACUUUGUGCCACUAAAGCUGCGGUUGAAGGUGGAAUAGUGCCUGGAGGUGGAACGGCAUUGUUUUAUGCUACAAAAGUAUUGGAUGAGCUUAAGACGGAAAAUUAUGACCAGAAAAUGGGCGUUGAUAUUGUUAGAGAGUCAAUUAAGGAACCUUUGAAACAAAUCGUCUCAAACGCUGGCUUUGAAGGCUCUGUAAUCGCCGAUACUCUACUCAAAAAUAACGAUCACUCUUAUGGAUUCAAUGCACAAACUGGUCAAUUCUGCAAUAUGCUCACUGAAGGAAUAUUGGAUCCAACAAAAGUGGUAAAGACGGCACUUACAGAUGCGGCAUCAGUGGCAUCAUUGAUGACAACUUCAGAGGUGGCGAUUUUCGACUCAAAACAGGAAAAACCAGAAGAAACACCUUCAAAUGCCAUGUAUUAA